CCAGGCGGCCGAAGGAAGGCGAGGUCCCGGGGGUGGAUUAUAACUUUGUGACCGUUGAGCGGUUUAUGGAACUGGAGAAAAGUGGAGCGCUGCUGGAGAGCGGAACAUAUGAAGACAACUUCUACGGCACGCCGAAGCCUCCGGCUGAGCCCAGCGCUCUGCUGCUAAAUGUGACAGACCAGCUGCUGCCGGGCGCCAGACCCAGUUCUGAGGGCAAGCGGAAACGCAACAAGUCGGUCAGCAACAUGGAGAAAGCCAGCAUCGAGCCCCCCGAGGAGGAGGAGGAGGAGAGACCCGUCGUCAACGGCAACGGCAUCGCUGUCACGCCAGAGUCGAGCGAGCAUGAGGACAAGAGCGCGGACACUUCGGGGGACGGCGCCCCGCAGAGCGAUCCGGCGGACGCUUCCUCUGAGACGCCACAGGACGACAGACAGUCGCCCAAGACCACCGUCCCCAAACCGGAGGAGAGCGACGAGCUAGGGCCGCUGCCGGACAACUGGGAGAUGGCUUACACUGAGAAGGGAGAAGUCUACUUCAUCGACCACAACACCAAGACCACAUCGUGGCUGGACCCGAGGCUCGCCAAGAAGGCAAAGCCGCCCGAGGAAUGCAAAGAGGACGAGCUUCCAUAUGGCUGGGAGAAAAUCGAUGACCCCAUUUAUGGCAGCUACUAUGUGGAUCAUAUAAAUAGAAGGACCCAGUUUGAAAACCCAGUCCUGGAGGCAAAGAGAAGACUCCAGCAGCAGCAGCAGAUGCAAAGCCAGGGUCUGUCCUCACUGCCCCUUCCCACCAUCUACAGAGUGGAGGAUGCCGGUCCCUGUGCCACCCUCCCCAGACCCCCCCCCGCGCAGGUGGACGCGGUGGCGCCCGAGCGCUGCCACAGCCUCGGCGACCUCCCUCACUCGCCGGCUCUGGGCCGCAGAGUCGCCUCGUCCUCCGCCAACGUCUCCCCGCUCCGGCACGUUCUGACUCGGCGGAUGACAAUGUGCCCCCACCAUCAUCAGCAUCAGCAUCAGCAGCAUCAGCAGCAGCAUCAUCAGCAGCAGCCGCCUGUCUGUAGCGCCCUCUCCCUGUGGCACGUCGUCAAGAAGCCACUGUUCACGCGAGACCCCGCGCAGCUGAAAGGCAGCUUCUUAUCCACCGCGCUGCAGAAGAGCAACAUGGGCUUCGGCUUCACCAUAAUCGGAGGCGACGAGCCCGAUGAGUUCCUCCAGGUCAAGAGCGUCAUCCCCGACGGGCCGGCUGCAGCUGACGGGAAGAUGGCCACGGGUGAUGUCAUCGUGUACAUCAACGACGUGUGCGUCCUGGGAACCACGCACGCCGACGUGGUCAAGCUCUUCCAGUCGGUGCCCAUCGGUCAGAGCGUGACGCUGGUCCUGUGCCGCGGUUACCCUCUGCCCUACGACCCCGAGGACGCCGCCCACUCCAACAACAACACCACCACCAUCAUCUCCCCGCUGGGCAUCAUGGACCAGCGGCCCGUCAUGGUGAACGGCAGGAGCGGCUACGACGGCUACCUGGAGUAUCUGUCCCGCACGGCGCGCUUCGUCACGGACGCCGGUCAGGACCCGGUCGGCGCGCAGCAGCAGCUUCUGCCGCCUCACCCUGGCGACACCAACUUAGACGGCUCGCUCCCGCCCACCACCGGCGCCACGCCUCCCGACAGCGUCUCUGUGGCGUCGUCGGGGGCGACGCAGGGCGAGCUGCUGACGCUCACCAUGGUGAAAGGGAUGGACGGCUUUGGCUUCACCAUCGCGGACAGCGCGGCGGGUCAGCGGGUCAAACAGGUGCUGGAGCCUCAGGGCUGCCCCGGCCUGUGCGAGGGCGACCUCAUCGUGGAGGUCAACAAGCAGCUGGUGCAGGGACUCACACACACACAGGUGGUGGAGCUGCUCAAGGAGUGUGCCGUCGGAGCGGAGACCGGCCUGGUGGUUCAGAGAGGAGGGACAGGUCACUUUUCCACCUGGAAGAGCCAGAAACAGGUGCUGGAGCAGUGGGAGUUGCAGCAGGGCCAGAGCAGCCUGUCGGCCCCCAUUGUCGCGCACAGCGCCCCCUUCCCAACACAGCGUCUUCCCGGGGCCUCGGUCCCAGACUCGGCCUGCGAGGCCUCGGCCCCGGCUAAACCCGACCCCUUUGACCUUUUCGAGAAGGCCAGGUGUAUCUAUGAGAGUAGGCAACCUGGACCAAGGACGGUUUUUCCUGCCGACUCCACAGGUAACGACAGAGUGGACGCGUCAGCUUUAGAAACGCAGACUGUGCCUGAGCUCGUCAACAGGACUCUCCUGGUCUCGCUGUCUUCAGGAGCUGAGUUCCAGGACAUCGAGGUCCACCUGCGCAGACAGAAGUCCGGGUUCGGUUUCCGUGUGCUGGGCGGAGACGAGGCCGGGCAGCCUGUGAGUCCGGAGGCGCGUGAGAAGAUCCUGAUCGGAGCGAUCAUCGAGAAGAGUCCGGCCGACCUCGACGGGCGACUGCGACCCGGCGAUGAGCUGCUGUUCGUGGACGGAAUCCCGGUGAUGGGGAAGCCGCACCGCUACGUCAUCGACCUGAUGCACGGCGCCGCUCGCCACGGGCAGGUCAACCUGGUCAUUAGGAGGAGGACACCGGCGGCAGCCGACUCCUGUCCGCAGAACGGCCGCAGCCCUGGCUCCGCCUCCACGCAGCACAGCUCGCCGCGCAGCGACUUCACCUACUGCAACAGCACCAGCGCCGCGCCGCCGGCCAACGCCUGCGCGGGCAACGCUGCCGCCUCCUCAGACGGCACGUCGACGCCCAACACUCAGCCAAGCGAUGUCGUCAUCAACCGUAAAGAGAGCGAAGGCUUCGGUUUCGUCAUCAUCAGUUCACUCAACCGGCCUGAGGCGGCCGCCGCUAGCUCUGUGCCGCACAAGAUCGGACGCAUCAUCGAGGGCAGCCCGGCCGACCGCUGCGGGAAGCUGAAGGUGGGCGACAGGAUCCUGGCGGUGAACGCUCAGUCCAUCGUCAACAUGCCGCACGCCGACAUCGUCAAGCUGAUCAAGGACGCCGGCCUCAGCGUGACCCUGAGGAUCAUCCCACAGGAAGAGAUCAGUAAUCCUCCGUCAGCUCCCAGCUCAGAGAAGCACAGUCCUGUGACGCAGCAGCACAGCCCCGCCCCCGCCGCCACCGCCGCCACCACGCAGCCCAACACGACCACGGAGCCAAACUCGUCCGUCAGUCAACCCAACACUGUCCAUCAGAGUCCUGCGACGCAGACGCCCGCCCCCCCGCCUCAAACCUACACCCACGAGAGCAGGUCAGAGGUGAAGGCGAGGCAGGACGUGAAACCAGACAUCCGACAGCCGCCGUUCACAGAUUACCGACAGCCGCCGGUGGAUUACCGUCACCCGCCUGUGGCCGACUACCGGCAGCCGCCGACGCUGGACUACAGACACCCGCCGCUGCUCGACUACAGACCGAUCACCGGCGACGGCAGACAGUUCAACAUCCCAGAAUACAGGAUGCCUCCAGUUCAACUCACGCAAGACUUUGACUUCUUCACCGUGGAGCUGGAGAAAAGUGUGAAGGGCUUCGGUUUCAGCAUCCGCGGAGGACGAGAGUACAAGAUGGACCUGUUUGUCCUGCGGCUGGCGGAGGACGGACCAGCCAUUCGCAACGGGAGGAUGAGGGUUGGAGAUCAGAUCAUUGAGAUCAAUGGAGAGAGCACCCGGGACAUGACUCACUCCAGGGCCAUCGAGCUGAUCAAGUCGGGAGGGCGGCGUGUGCGUCUCCUGCUGAAGAGAGGAACGGGGCAGGUCCCAGAGUACGACAAUCCUGCCCCAUGGGAUGCUCGCCCUUCAGCCUCCCCAAGCCUGUCGGAAGUAGCUCCUCCCGUCGACAGCCUUUCCAUGCCAUCGCCGUCAUCUCAUCUGGCCCCGCCCCCUGACCCGCCUCACCUGCUGCCUCUGGACGUCCCUUGGGACGCGGUGCCGCGAGACAGCAGGACGGAGCGUGCCAAGAGCCCCCAGAAGGUGGAGCUGCUAAAUGUAGAUCCCAUCAGCCGGAGGAGGAGAAGCUGCAGAGUGAAGCAAGAGGGUGGCAGGUCCACUCACCAGGGGCACAGGGUGCAGCCCACGACUGAGGGGGGUGGGGGCAAGGACGGGCAGAGUGGGGAGCCCAAACUCUCCAGGAGCACCAGAGGGAGGUCCAAGGAGAGACAUCCAGGGGACAGCAGAGAAUCCAACCAUUCUCCAAGCUGCUCCAAGCUCCUGCACACCAACGGAAACAGCAGGGAAGACACGGAGCGUAAGUUCGGGGGCUGGCAGCAGCAGCAGGAGCCCGAGCAGAGGAAAGCCAAGGCCAGGGAACUGGACCUGGACCUGGGCCUGGGAGAGAGUCGGCCUAGCCUGCCCAACAAGAGCACCAGCGGCAGCAGCGUACCAGGGAGGAAGGCCACGGUCUCUCCCGGUCCCUGGAAGAUCCCCGGAUCUGACAAGCUGCCCAGCUCACUGCGCACAGGCGCGUCCACCCUGAGCAGAUAACGCCGCCGCAGCUCCCUGUGCUCCUUUAGCUCCCUGUGCUCCUUUAGCUCCUCCUCAUUCUCCCAAGGACGAGUGUCAGAACCUCGGGGGGGGUGUGGUCUGGACCUCGUGCUUUUAGAAUUUUAUUUAUGAUACUGUACUCUAAAUUAUUUUGAGAAAUAUUUGACACCCACCACCUUAAGAACUGGUUAAUCAUCCACUUUUUUGAGGAACAAAAAAAUGGAAGCGCAGUAGAAUGUGUGAGUGCUUUGUGACGGAGGAUAAAACUCUUUGGGGACAAACAUGCAAAUACAACAACGACAGGAACCAACCAGCUGUCCAUGUUGGACUUUUUUAUAUAUAUAUCUACAGAACGUAGUCUAUUUUAUGAAAAAGGAAUGUUACAAAAAAGAAGGUUUGCCUGUUUUUGACGAGAGCGAAUGGAACAAAGAGAUCGACAGAACUUUGCCUUAACAGAGACUGUGUGGGCCUCAAUCUGUCAGUCAUAGAUAUAUUAUAACCAGUAUGAAUAUGUGGGAUCAUUUUGUAAAUAAGAGAAAACACAAUCUUAUGGAGAUUCCAGUCCUUGUUGGAAAAGUGAGCAGAGCAGAACCACAUCGGCGUCGCCCUCCUCCUCCUCUCCUGUGACUGCAGGUUAGGGUUCAGCUGCCCGACCGUAACCCGACCUCAACCUCGGCCCGACCUCGACCCGACCCGACCGCGGCCCGACCGCAACCCGACCGCAACCCGACAGCAACCCGACCGCGGCCUGACUCCUGCUCCGUCGGUUCAGUCGUUUCUUUUCUCAUUUUUCUGCUUUGCGAACAAAGCACUCCACAAGCGGCGGCGGUGGUGAUGGUGUCCAUGGUGACGCUGAGAGAGGGAGCUCGGCUACAUUUAUGGAGCUGGAGUGAUAGUGACCCGGGGCAGAGUGCCUUAGACUGACAAAGGUUUAUCUAAAAAAAAAAAAAAAACACUUUAGAGUUUAAAA